GGCCCUUAGAUUUGUACCAUGAUACCGGAAAUUCGUUCAGACAUGUGAAGUUUUAUUCCUCUGUCUUGAUAUCGCUCUUCCUGUUUACCUCAUUCAAAUAUAAUCUUGAACGACUCGUAGUAUAGCAAACAAAGCUACUAGCUGGUUAUUUUACCUUCGACGGCUGAAAAAGUUCAGAAUUCCUGCAUUUUACUUCUGCUGCGUGGAUUUCAGGACAAUGGCAACAUCUUUUCUUUUAAGCAAUACUCACCUUUUAAAGGGAGUGAAACCAUUUAAGGAGAGAAUGAAAGAACAAGCCACCAAGGUCAUUCAACAGAGUGAUUAUUUAAAAGAUUUUAUGCUGAAGAUCCAAAAAGAAGGAUUGAAUGCGGCCUAUUUGGAAUACGGCGACUGUCCACCUGGGCCAUCUCCUCCGACAAUAGGCGCAUCCCAGGAAUAUGUUCCACCAGACGAUAUUGAAUAUGACGUGAUUAUUGUUGGAGCUGGUAUGGCUGGUCUUGCCGCAGCGUAUGAGUUGAAGAGAGCUGGGCUAAAAGUGAAAAUCCUGGAGCAGACUGAUCGUUAUGGUGGAAGAGUUUUCACUUAUGGGGAAGAUGCAGGCCUUGCACCUGGUCUAUUUGGCGAAGCUGGAGCGAUGAGAUUACCUGGUGAUGUGGGGGCACCAAAUGAUAGAGCGCAUUUUCUAACGGAUGGAUACGUCACUGACUUUCAAAUAAGCAUCAAAAAGUUUCCAAACUUUGAUAAAAAUGGCAUUUCCAAUAUUUACGGAUUAAAGGAAAAAACAGCAACCUGGGAAAAAAACCAUUUCGACACUGUUUGGCCAAACUGGAGGAAAGGAAUUAAGACGGGAUGCAAGAAGAAAGGAAAAAAGGACGUCGCUAUUAACAAUAUUGAUGACUAUUACAGCAAAACAACCGGCGUUGUCACCGAUCAAUUGAUUGCCUGGUUGAAUAAAACAACCACCAUUAAUGAGGAAAUCGCAGUUUGGGAUCGCUGGAUUGACAUUUGGAGCCAGUUUACAUUGGAAAGCUUUCUGGAGAGCAAUGUUAAGGUUAUUCUUGCAAAAUUGGAAAGCGAAGACGAAGACGGGUGUGAUAAUCUGGAUUCCUUAGACAUUGACAUGCUUGAAAACCUUUUGCCUUGGUCCGACGAUGCAGUUCGUGGCUACUCGGUGUUUUCUUACACAGAGCAACUGGACCAAUCAUUGGUUCAGUAUCUUCGUGAUCAACUUGGGAACUGGUGGUCACGUGAUAUGCAUACCUUGGUUGGUGGUAUGCACAGCUUAGCUGAAUCAUUCUUCAGUUCAAAACGAUCGAAGCCAUUGAUUUCUGAUGAUUUGAAACAUAACCAACAAGUUUGCAAGAUAUCUUAUUUUUCCUCGCCCUGUGACCCUAGCAAGGAUUGUGUCACUGUAACCUGCUACGCGUCAGGAAAAGAUCCAGAAACUACGUACAAAGCACGGGCUGUAAUCCUCACCACUCAAGUGAACAUACUGCGACAAAUUACCUUUGAACCAAUUCAAGCAAACACGAAAGACAACGAGGCCCUGAGAAAGAAUCUUCAAGCUAUUGAAGACAUGUUCACAGGACCUGCCACGAAGAUUAUCCUGCAAACCAAGACCAGAUUCUGGGAAGAGGAGAAGUAUGCAAUCAAAGGUGGCUUUUCUAAGACCAACCUACCCAUCGGUCAAAUACAUUACGUGAAGCCGGAUCCUGACUAUGUCACGUCCACCAAGCAAGGAAUAAUUCUAAUUUACACCUGGAAAAAUGAAGCACUGCUUUUUGGUUCCUUGACAAAAGAGCAAGCAAAGAAGGAGGCCAUAGAACAAGUUGCAGAAAUACACCCUGAAAUAGAAGGAGCAGUUGAAAAAUGCAUUGUCCAUGCUUGGUACAACCAACCCUCUUAUCAAGGUGCCUAUGGACUCUUGAAGACCACUCAGUUCAACAAUAUCAGAUAUUUGUGGGAACCAAUGGGAAAUGUUCAUUUUGCUGGCGAUAACAUAUCGUUUACGGCUGGUUGGAUUCAAGGAGCUUUGGAAAGUGGUUUUAAAUCGGCAUAUCAAGUUUAUGCACGUCACAUGAAGAGAGUGAAGUUAGGAAAGGAGGAAAAGAUUAACUGAAAGCAUUAAUUCUAUGUUUAAAGAUUAACGGUUAAAGAUACAGCAUAAUUACUUUUUUAGUUAAUGAGCAUGGGACAUGAAUAAAGUUAAUGAGCAUGGGACAAAGAUAAAUUGAAUGGAUUUAUGAUAUUAUUUUUAGGGAUGGUAUUAAGAGUGAUUUAGAUUGAAUGUUCGUAUUUGUCAACUUUAGGUGCCUCGGCUAAUUUCUUUACUAAACCAACUUUGUUUUGUCGUUCACCCCAUCUUGAUAAAAUAUAUAAUUUGUCUUGCAA